AUGAUUGCCAUCUCACUCACACUUAGUCAUCGAGAUCCCGACCGCGCUCCAGGCUUAGUACCUAGCGAAUUUUAAUAUCAUUCCGGUUUACAAGAGCGUACGCGAGACAUUUGUAUACAAAGUUUUGUGUAAAUUGUGUACGAUUUCCCGACCAGUGUUUGUAUAUAAGCCCCGUAAAUAUACAAUAUUGUGUAUAUACAUACUGUUCCCAGUGUAUGUGUAUCAAAUAAAGAUCAGAUUGUUUAUAGUUUAUAUGAUUCCGAUGUAAAUGUUUUGAAGAAUGAUGAAAGAACAGCAGUUGGUCGAAGUUGGCGGCGUCAGCCAGUCAUCCGCAGUCGGUCUCAGUAUCCAGCAACAUCUAAGUCAGCUACAGCUCCACCAUCCUAGUGUGAUAUCGCUGAACGAGUCAGCGGCCAGUUCGAGCCAGCAACAGAGCCACAGCGCCAUCAGCAACAAUGUGUCGCCCGAAAGUUCCGCAUCUGGGGACCACGACCAGAAGCCCAGUUCAUCGGACAAGAAAAGUGGCAUCCGCAGACAGGAAAAGCCCCCGUACUCCUACAUUGCGUUGAUCGUAAUGGCCAUUCAGCAUUCGCCCACCAAACGUCUCACUCUCAGCGAGAUCUACUCAUUUCUCCAACAACGGUUCCCGUUCUUCAGAGGCAGCUACCAAGGCUGGAAGAACUCGGUGCGCCACAAUCUAUCGCUGAACGAAUGCUUCAUCAAGUUGCCCAAAGGUCUUGGCCGGCCGGGAAAGGGUCACUAUUGGACCAUAGACCCAGCCAGUGAGUUUAUGUUCGAAGAAGGCUCUUUCCGCAGACGACCAAGAGGUUUCCGGCGAAAAUGUCAAGCAAUGAAACCGCAGUAUCCCCAUCCAGGCAGCUUCUUCGCCAACAAUAUGACCUCAAUGGUAAAUCAGGCCACUGGCUACGAUCAUCAAGCGCUAGUGCAGUCGCAGGAUUACUCCACCUGCUCCUACAACACGCCGUCGCCUCAAGUGUCUUCGGUUUCCGGGGGUCAUUACGGCAAUUAUGACUAUCCAGCGGUUUAUCAGCAACAGUGCGACCGGGACUGGGGUUCGAACCAUAGCAUUCUGACCCCAUACGGCGACAGUGCUAUUUCCAGUAGCUAUCUGAAGGCGCCUCUGAGUCCCAUGCCGGAGAAUCAGGAGACUCCACCUCCUACUGUGGAUAACUACUACCAGUAUGGCGUUAUUUCCACCUCUACGGAGAACCUGAUGCGUCCAUCUAGCAACAGUAUGCAGGUUUCCAACCAAUGUGAUAGGAAACCAUAUGUGACUCCUCCUCAUUCUACUGCAUUGUCCUCUUCAUUGCCUUCGCCGCCUACAUCAAACACACCUCACACUUUCUACGAAGCCCCUGUGAAGUACAGUAUGUAAAAUCGCACUGUAUAGUAGCCAUAGAGUUUAUAUUUACGUUUAUUUAUAACUAGACCUGGUUUAGUUAGCGAUUAGUCCAAUGGAAAUGUGCAAAAAUCAACAAUUAUUGUGCUGACAAAUUUCCAGUUUAGUUUGUAUCGUUAUGAAAUAGUCCAGAAAAAUGUUUGGAUCUGGACGUUUUUCAGAAAACUCGAAUGGGACACCAAGUGUCCAGCUUUUUGUUAAGCGAAAUCAUACAGCUAAUUCAGCCAAAAUGUGUAAAUAAUUUGUUAUAUUGCCAAGCGAGCAAUUAAGUGAAUAUAAAAAUAAAUUGUAUUUUUUAAGCUCAUUAUUGCGAAAAGUUUGUAAUUACUUAUUUAUGAAUAAAAACUACCGUAUUAUAUUGAUA